GCCUGUCAAUCUGCAUGGCUGCAUCUCUGGUGUCGGAAAAUAAUUGACACACAAACCGCAUGGGGGGGGGGGGGGGGGGAGAGUGCGGUUUGUGUUGCCAAAAUCGCACUUUGAGGGUGCGAUUUGUGUUGCCAAAGUGCGGUUUUGCUAGGUCAGGACUAGACCGCAUCUGGGCCAUGCGGUUUGGUUAGGUCAGACACACAAGCCGCAUGGCCAAGAUGCGGUUUUGGCCCAAAAUGCUAAACCGCACCUUGGGGGUGCGGUUUACAUGCAAAACACACCAGGGGUGCGGUUUUUAAAAAAGGGUGCUAUUUUUGUAAUUUCUACAGAAUGGGUGCUAUUUUUGUAAUUUUUUUGAAAGGUGCUAUUUCUGAAAAAAUCCCGUAUUUUAUCCUCUCAACUCGACUCUCUCGUUCACUACUGCACGACCCUCAACCACCAAGAGUGUGAUUUAAUUAUACAUAGAUCAUUACAUCACUAUUAAUAGUUGUCUCUCAACCUCCAGUUCGUCAAAUUAACGAUUACCAAUGACAAGAACUUGAGAUGUCUCCUCUUCUCUAUUCUCCUAAAUACUAUCCUAAUUCAAGACUCUUUGCUUUGUUUUUUCUCCCUAAAUUAAAAAUAAAAUCCAAUUUACAUAUUUAAUGAUUAAUUGCAAAGGUAUUUAAUUUUGUAUUCGAUAAUACCGAUUGGGAUACCGAGGUACCAAUUGGGAUACUAAAAUAUUUAGGAAUUGAGAUUGGGAUACCAAAAUUAAUUAGGGACUGAGAUUGUGAUUGACUUUAAAGUGUAAUUCGGUAUUCAAAAUUUCGGUAUUUGGUAUUAGAAUAUCGAUACCGUAUCGAUUUCCACCCCUAAUUGCAAUGGUGUUACGAUCGGCCCUAGACUCCAUUGAAAACGAAUGGGAUUGACCAGCUGGUUCAAACCAAAUUUCCAACAAAAACAAGACCAGAGAGAGUUAGGGUCAAAAGUGAAAACUUAAAUUGCAAUAAUUGAGAAAUGACGAAAGUGAGAAAACUUAUUCAAAAAAAAAAAAAAAAAGACGAAAGUGAGAAAUUAGCACGUUUUUGGAGGGACCCAAAUCCCGCCACGUACGAGUUGUCCAACUGAAAAGAAAUCCCGCGACCCCUAGUCCCUACUCCCUAGUCCCCACCCCGUCUUUCGUCCUCUUCCCUGAACCGCGGGAGCCCUUUCUUUCCGUCCUUGUUGCGAGAAAUAACGGCGGAGUACCGGAGCGGCGGAGCCGACUGUGGAGUGGAGGCAUAACGCACCGGAGCCGACUGCGGAGUUGAGGCAUAACGCACCGGAGCCGACUGGCGACGGGAACCGCAACAAUGGCAGAUAAAAGGAAAUUUGAUGGCGAGGAACCUGUAAUUGAGAAAAAACAGAAACUUGAUGCCGAGGAAGUUGAUUUCGAUAACAUUGCUCAUGAGGAGUGGUACAUGAAUGAUGAUCAAUGGAGAGAUAGUGUUGCACAACAAUAUACGGCUUUGGGAUUAAAAGAUCGUGAUAUAAUUGAGCUGAACGUCAAGUUGGAUGAAGUAAAUGACAGCUACAGAAAGCUCCAGGAGGAGCUGGAUCAGUCGCGGAAUGAUGAUAAGCUUGAAGAGCUCCAGGAGAAGAUUUCCAUAAUGAAUAAGGAGAUGGAGCGUAACCAGAAGGCAGCUUUGGACAAGGAAGGCCAUCUUCUCAGGGACCUAUCUACGGCUACUGAACUUAGUCGCCUAUACAAACGAAGAUCAAACACCUAUGCUAAGAGAGUUCGAGAAGCCAAGGCUACAAUUAGAGCUCUCACGACUGAAGAGCCUACUCCUGAAGCCUCCUUAUUCAACGAACUGCAGAAGCAAAUUAUGUCGAAAGAUGAGGAGGUAAGCAGCAGGGCAAGCGCUGCUGCUUCUGCAUGCAACAUGCACAAGUCUGUGGUAGAUAAGGUCGACCAGGAUCUCCGGAUCCAGUUCUCUCGGAGACUGGAUCUGGAGAAUCGAAUAGCCUCCUGUUCACGCACUGACAUUCAGGAAAUAGAUCGGCUAAUUGAAGAAUUUGUCGCUGUGAUCGAGUCCUGCAGUCAGUUAAGCCAGAAACGCCUUAGGACGGAGCUCGUGAAAGAAAGGAGAAUUCAAGAGCUCUUGGCUACUUUAAAGGGGGCGGAUCAGUAGACACGAUGAAGGUAUUGUGUCUUCUUGCUGUUUUCUUGGGGCGGCUGAACACUUACUUUCAUGUAUAGCAUAAGAAACUGGUUGCUUCUGUCGGUGCUCAAAUUCAAUGGUCUGGCAGCUUUGGAUGCUUUGGUCUGGCAUCUUACCUGAAGGCACACAAAAAAUUUGUUCAAUGGUAUUAUGUUUAUUUAUGUACAUUUUUUCUGUGCAGAAUAGUCCGAGCGGUUGGCUGCCGAUGUUGAGUGGUUCCACCUGAAGCUGUCUUCCCUUAGAUUGGUGGCCCAACUGUCCUUGAAGCUCUUCUGGAAGAUAAUCAGUUGGCAGCUAAAACUGGCGAUCCAUCAUUUCGUGUGCUUUAACGAUGUUUUUCUUUUGGGAGUUUUAGUUUUCUUCUUUCUUAUCCAUGCUGCUGUUUUGGAAUUUUUUACUUGGUUCCUUGGUAAUUGACAAUCUGCUUCGAGUCUUCCCUCGUAAAGCUUUUGGCUCCUAGAUACACGUGGGUGUUCAACUAAGUCUGAUUUUGUGUCCAUCAAACUCAAUGGUAAUAAUUUUCCUCUGUGUGAGUUCCACUUCGGAAUUUUGUGGAGGAAAGCUUCACUUGGGUAUCUUGAUUGGUAUGACUUAGAAGCCAGCCAAGGCUGCAUCAGAGAUGCUCGACGAUUGGACGGCAUCGAAUUUUCAACUAAUAAUGUCGAUUGUUCCCUCGAUCGAUGUACAAAUAGCUCUAAGUCGACAAUGUGGCAGUAUAUUUGCAAGACUCACUCUCAUAAUAGUUUUGCACGACAAUUGAGCUAUAGAAUCAGAGAUCUCUCGCGUGGCUCAAGCGGACCAUGAUAUCAGAAGCUAUCACUAGGCUUGUAUGUAUCUAUGGAUAGAAUAUGACUUCUUUUUUUUUUUACAAGAGGACAUUGUAUUUCCAUUACUUGAUGCAGAAGUCAAGUGUUACAAAAGUGGUGAGACAACAUCAAGAAUCUGAACCCAUUCAGAGGGUAGAGUAUUCUUGGCACAUGAUCUAGCUACCCAGUUUGCUUUCGAAUCGCUUACGACCAAUGUGCGUGAUCUUAAUCAAUGAGUCAGAGUCCAUCGUUUGUCUGAUAAUGCCUAUCCAUGCUGCCGCUCGCCAUGGCCACGAUUUCGGAUGAUCAUGAAUUGCCUGAACAAGGGGCAGGCAGUCAGAGCGGACCAAGCAGUGAGAAAGGAGACCAACAGCUAAACGUGAGCCUUCCAAAAGAGCCUUGGCUUCAGCUUCAAAUGGGGGAAAACAGUGCAAGAUCUCAGCUUUACCGUCACACACUUGACCAUGGUUGUUCGAAACAACGACGCCAUAAGCCGCCUCCUGAGAAUCGAUAAAAAACGAUCUAUCACUGUGUAUCUCAAAAACGAUCCAUGGCUGUUCGAAUAUGACUUGCUGGCAGCUUUUCUUGUACCGAGGAAGUGUCCGAAGUGGUCCUCUAUCAAUGCACUCAAACUCGUGUUAUGCAAUAGCUUCAUAAACAAAAAGGAAGGAAUAUCUUAUAUAGUGGAUGGAUGGAUACCGGAUAUAUUGAGAAAUCUUUUCUUUUUUACAGUUAGUUGCUUUUCUAUUCCAAAGAGUUGAUGCAUUUGUUUUUUAGGAUAAAAUCUAAUUUUACAAUAUUUCCAUUAGAGACAAAUAUAUUUGUUAUAUUCAGAACCACAUACCUAUUUUCCAUUAGAAAAAAAUCGCAUAUCUUUUUAUGUGCCACGAAAAGUUAAUUAGCUAUAUUCAAAAGUAAUGGCGACAUUCAUUUUCGUCUCCUAAAGCAAUGAAUUGCCAACAAAUAAGUAUUUGCCUCUGUUAGCCUAUAAGCGAAAACUUAAAGGAGACCGUUGCCGAAACUUUGCCUCCAAAAGUAAUAGGUUAUUUUACGUAAUUUCAUAUAUAAGACACCAUAAUAUUAUUGCAGGCAAAUAAUAAUACUUAUAGAGGCAGAUUGAAUAUAUGUUGUGUAUAAGUACUUUUGGCAACAUAUACAAUAUUUGCCUCUAUAAUUUAGUCACUAAAAAGUUAUUUUCUUGUAGUGAGUUAGGCCAAGUUGUAAUUCACCUAAGUCAAGUUGAUUGAUGUUUAAACUACGCAAAGUUUUCUAACAGUCUGGAGUCUCGACUAAAGCGCUCCGGACCCUCUCAGUUUGAAUACCCGGCAUGCAACUAACCUCCAUCGGCGUAAACUAGCUGAGGCAAUAAGAUUCAAACUCCCUCUAUUGGGUUCUAAACCAGUACAGAGCAGUGAAUCGGCUUUUCGACUAAAGUCGCCGAUUCACUACCUCCAAUUCAAGAUGCUCUAUUGACUUAUGCAGAGUUUAUCUUUCAAGGUCAAACCAGGAAUCACUAGAAUUUGAUCAAGACUCAAGCAAUUCUGAAUAAGUACUUCAACUAGAUAUAAAUCAAUCAAUCAUUCAUGGCAAAGGGUUCAUACAACUCUUCCUAACAUACAAUCUAUGGUUCUUACAUACCCAAGUGAUAGAGGGGAUUACUCCAUAUAUAUAUAUAUAUAUAUAUAUAUAUAUAUAUAUAUAUAUAUAGAGAGAGAGAGAGAGAGAGAGAGAGAGAGAGGGGGGGAAGCCAUGCCGGAUGUAGAAAUCAUCGUGUAGACAGAAGAAAUCUAUCUAUGGAUAGAAUAUGACUUGUUGGCAGCUUCUCUUGUACCCGAGGAAGUGUCCGAAGUGGUCCUCUAUCAAAGCACUCAAACUCGUGUUAUGCAAUAGCUUCUGUGAAAUCAAAGGAUAGGGCUUUAAAGACUUUCGAAUCGGGGAAAAGAUACUGAAAAUUUUAUUAAGGAUUCGGAAUGAAGUACGUCAUCAUUCUGCAGAAUCAAUCUGCUUUUAACAAGAAAGAAAAGAAGAAAAUGAGGAAACUAAAAAGGACUCUAGAACCCUCACAAUACUUGGUUACCCAGAUAUCGAUCACUAUAACCCACCCGGCUAUCCAGAUCCAAAUCACUAUAACCCAAGCCAUUGUAGGAAACUAGAAGAACCCAACACUCUUAGAUUACCCAGCUAUAGCUCCUGAAUCUACAGAGUAAACAAGCAAACAUGGACACAUCAGCAACCCAAAUGUUAAGAGAGGGAUUAGAAGCUCUUAAAUAGCUUCCAGGAUAUGACCAUUGUGAGAGGUGCCAGCAAAAAUACGAGUGAGAGGGACAAGGGAUUUUGCUGUUGGUGCUUUUGCUUUGAGCUGCGGAUAAAAAGCUUUUGUGGCAGCUGCUUCUUUAUCUAACUUUUGAUAAGCACAAGGGCGAAGGUAUCCCAAGGUCUUUGAGAAAUACGAGUGCAGAGACAUUUUAAUGAGAUCACAUACAAAUUUUCAAUGUACUAACUUUUGAGCAUGCUACCUUUGAACAUAUAAGCAUUUUGACAAUGUAGUUAGUUCAAAACGUUAUAAUAAAUACUACCUAUGUAU